AUGACUACUUCAUUUGUUGAAUUGCAAGCUCCUAAAAAUCUAGAUAUAAUAUCCGAUGUAUGUUUUAUGGACAAUACUGAUCAACAUCGGUUAUUGGUAAGCAAUUGGAACAGUGAGAUCUUGCUAUUUUCAUGUGAUUCUUUAUUACACGAACAUCAACCCCCACAUUUACAACCAAUUAAUACAUUUACUACUCCGGACAUCCCAUUAUGUUUAUUGUACGACAAUAAACAAAACAUUUCACCUCUUGUUGGAUUAUUAGAUGGAUCAAUACGGGAAUUGGAUUUUGAAAAUGGCAAAUUAGGUGAUAAUAUCGGUGACGCCGUUGAUGACAAUGAUGAAAUCGAUAGUGGUAUUAAUAAUUUAAAAAAUGUCACUAUUAAUGGGCAAAAUAGUAAUACCAUUGUUGCCUCAUCAUUCAAUGGUAAGUUUCAACUUAUUGAUACACGCCAGUCUCAAAGACAACAACAAAAAUUAAGUCCACAGAUUUUCCAUAAUCAACGGAAGAUUUUCACUAUGGACACCAGUGAUCAAUAUUUGAUAUUGGGUCUACAAAAUAAUAUCAUUGAGAUUUAUGAUUUCAAGAAUUUACAUCAUCCAUUAGAAACAAGACAAGUUGGAUUAAAAUAUCAAAUUAAAGAUUUGAAAACUUUUCCUGAUAAUCAAGGAUUUGCCUUAUCCACCAUCGAUGGUCGUGUAUCGAUGGAAUAUUUCAACCUGGACCCACAAUUCCAAUUACAAAAUCGAUUCACAUUCAAAUGUCAUCGUCAUCCUGAUCCUAAUCCUGAAUCGACUGGUGAUUUAGUGUAUCCGGUAAACUCCUUGGAGUUUAAUCAUAAAUAUGGAACUUUAUUUACGGCGGGGUCCGAUGGAUAUGUGUGUUUAUGGGAUUGUAAAAAGAGGAAACGUAUGAGACAAUACCCAAGAUUUUUAUCAGCAGAGAAUGAACCGGAAAGUAUCGUUAAAUUGAAAAUCAAUCGUCAAGAUAAUUUAAUGGUGGUGGCUACUAGUGAUGAUAAUUAUAAACGAAGACGUAGAUUAAGUGAAAGUGAAAAUUCGAAAACUCCAAGUCGUGUAUAUGUUAAACAGUUGGCAGAGAAUGAAUGUAAACCAAAGUCAUAA